CACAAAUCAUCCGCCUCCCGAACGACGACAUCUUCUCCCAUCAAACCAGCUCGCCGUCGCGACCAAGCCUUCAAGAUGCCGAGCCACAAGACUUUCCGCACCAAGCAAAAGCUUGCCAAAGCUCAGCGUCAGAACCGCCCCAUCCCCCAGUGGAUUCGUCUGCGCACCGGCAACACCAUCAGAUACAACGCUAAGCGGCGACACUGGCGCAAGACCCGUCUGGGCAUCUAAACUAGUCCCGGACAGCACCCACCCGGUCCUCGCACACCAUUUCACCCCCGGACCAACGAUGUUGUGUGU